GUUCUGUGACGUAGGAGCGCUAAUUACGAGGCACUAUAAAAGGCAUUCGGUAGGCUGUUGAGUAUAUCAAGCCGGCUAGCUGUUACGGAGUACGGAAGUAUCACAAAGCGACACAAAGGAAAUUUUCUUUCUCGUUGUUUCAACUUCAGAUUUACGAGCUUGGAGCAUGUUUUUUGAGUGUUUCGUUUUUCAACGACUUUCUAUGGAAGACCAAGUCAACCAAAUCAUAGUUGAAAGUAAUUUCAACGAGAGGGAUACUUUUAGAGAAUCCUGAUCAUCACUUUCAUCCUGGGCAUACUUGAAGAGCGUUGGGUGCCUGCUUUCCUCCAGUUCAACAUUCCACCUUUUUGAGUUGGCUUUUCUUACUGCUGAAGAGAGGGGAAAAUGGUUGGAUUCGCUCCUGUCGACGUACCACCAACUGCUAUGGUGAAGUUUUUUGGCGCUGGAGCUGCGGCCUGCAUCGCUGACCUGGUCACCUUUCCCCUGGAUACGGCCAAAGUUCGACUCCAGAUCCAGGGAGAGGCCCAGUCCUCCGCUGCAGUGGCUGCACGCUACCGCGGCGUGUUUGGCACCAUCGCUACCAUGGUGCGCACAGAGGGGCCCCGCAGCCUCUACAACGGCCUGGUGGCGGGUCUCCAGAGGCAGAUGAGCUUCGCCUCCGUCCGCAUCGGCCUCUAUGACUCUGUCAAGCAAUUUUACACCAAAGGGUCUGAGCAUGUGGGAAUUGGCAGUCGACUGCUUGCGGGAUGCACCACCGGGGCGCUGGCAGUGGCUGUAGCCCAGCCUACUGAUGUCGUCAAGGUCCGGUUCCAGGCACAGGCAGGGGCUACUGGAGUUGGCAGACGUUACCAGGGAACCAUGGAUGCCUAUAAGACCAUAGCUAGGGAGGAAGGCCUUCGUGGGCUGUGGAGAGGUACAUCUCCCAAUAUUGCCCGCAAUGCCAUUGUGAACUGCACAGAGCUGGUGACUUACGAUCUCAUCAAAGACCAACUGUUGAGAACGACUCCAAUGACUGAUGACCUCCCCUGCCACUUCACCUCUGCGUUUGGAGCUGGUUUCUGCACAACUGUGAUCGCCUCUCCUGUGGAUGUGGUGAAGACGAGAUACAUGAACUCUGCCUGUGGCCAGUACAGCAGUGCCUUAAACUGUGCCCUCAAAAUGCUGACCAAGGAGGGGCCCUUGGCUUUCUAUAAGGGGUUCAUGCCGUCUUUCCUACGGCUGGGAUCCUGGAACGUGGUGAUGUUCGUGACUUACGAGCAGCUCAAGCGAGCCAUGAUGGUGGCCUGUAACAACCGGGCAGUGCCUCUCUGAAGACCUGAGCGACAUCUCUCCCUUUUGAAACCUGACCCAGUGUAGCUUUGGUUUAAGGUGCAAGUAUGUCAAACUGGUUUUUAUGCAAUGCUCCAAAUUCAAGAGGUACCAAAAUCACGUUGUAUCCACAAAGCACCAUUUUGUUUUUUUUAUGCUCUUGCGUUUUUUGAUUCCAAACUAGCAGGUCUUAACACAAAUAAAUGCAUUUUACAAGA